GGGAGGUGAGAGUAUAAAUAAAGGGAAGGAGUAGGUGGGGAUGGAGGGUGUUGGAAUGAUGGCAUUCACAGAAGAGAGGUGCGAUGAGUUAGAGAAGAUGGCGGCGGCGAUGAUGUUCACAACAAUGGCGGAUGACAAGUCGUCGUCGGAGGCGGCGGCGGCGUCGACUGUGCCGGCACCGUUCCUGACAAAGACGUAUCAGCUGGUGGACGACCCUCUCACCGACCACAUUGUCUCCUGGGGCUCCGAUGAGUCCACUUUCGUUGUUUGGAGGCCUCCUGAGUUUGCCAGAGAUCUCCUUCCCAACUAUUUCAAGCACAACAACUUCUCCAGCUUCGUUCGCCAGCUCAAUACAUAUGGUUUCAAGAAAGUAGUAGCAGAUAGGUGGGAAUUUGCAAAUGAGUAUUUCAGAAAAGGAGCUAAGCAUCUUCUUUGUGAAAUCCACAGAAGAAAAAGCCCUCACCAUCAUCACCACCACCUUCAUGAUCAGCCACCUCUACAGAACCAUCAUCAAACUCUCUUUUGGAACACAGAGACCUCUCCAUUACUAAUCCCACCUUAUUCUCCCACUAAACCAGCAGCUGCAAUAAGAAGGGGAGGAGGAGGAUCAUCAGGAACCAGUAGUACUCAUGAAGUUCUAAGAGCACUUUCGGAAGACAAUCAGAGACUCAGGAGGAAGAACUUGAUGCUGUUAUCAGAACUCACUCACAUGAAGAGUCUCUACAAUGACAUUAUAUACUUCAUCCAGAACCAUGUCAAACCAGUGGACAUUAGCAAAGAUUAUUAUGAUCAUCCCUUGCAGAAAAUAAGAGGCAGAUCAAUGUGCAGAAGUAGUGAAAAUAAUAAUAAUAAUGAUAGUGUUCAUAUUCCCAAGCUGGUUGAGUUGGAUUCAUCAGUGUCACUUGAUCAGACUCAAACUGAUGCUGAUAAGUUGGAUGAUUCAUCAGCUGGUUCUGUGAAGCUAUUUGGGGUCCCACUCAGUAGCAGAAAGAGGUUGCAUUCAGAAAAUAUGGAGGAAGAGGAAUUUGCUGAGUGUGUUAACUAAUUAAAGCGUUAAUUAUUAUU